GACACCCACUAUCUAUAUAUCCCCAUGAAAAUUAGUGCUCUGAAAAUCAUCCUUUACAGUACAUGAAAGUUCAAAGUAUAUAUAUUUUCGUUUCCGGUCCGAUUUAUACAAGCCAUUUUCAAUCAGUACUUUGCAUGAUCAUAGAUGGCAAGUUUGGAUUCAUGACCCUGAAAGAAGGAGAAGAAAUACGUGAUAUAUUCAGUUAUUGAAGUAUCGGAUUAAUUAGUUUAAAGAGACUUUCCUUUGUGUACGUACAUCGGCAGAGCUUCAGAGAGAAAACUAUGGCUUCCCUGGAAAAAAACAUGACAGAUGAUCAGAAAAAGCUGCAGAAAAGCCACUUUGAGGUGUUGGGUCUGUGCUGCUCGUCGGAGGUUCCUUUAAUUGAGAACAUACUCAAGCCUCUUGAAGGUGUCAUGGAGGUAUCGGUCAUCGUGCCAUCAAGAACAGUCAUCGUGGUUCAUGACAAUCUCCUCAUUUCCCAGCUUCAAAUUGUUAAAGCUCUAAACCAAGCAAGGCUGGAAGCAAACGUCAGGGUAUAUGGGGAGGAGAAAUACAAGAAAAAAUGGCCAAGUCCAUAUGCAGUGGCCAGUGGUUCAUUGCUUCUGUUAUCAUUAUUCAAAUAUGUUUAUCAACCACUCCAAUGGCUGGCUGUUGGAGCUGUGGCUGUUGGCAUAUUUCCAAUUCUCUUGAAAGGGGUGGUGGCCAUCCGCAAUCUUAGGCUUGACAUCAACAUUCUUGUUUUGAUUGCAGUGAUAGGGACACUUGCUAUGGAAGAUUAUUUGGAAGCCGGCACCAUUGUCUUUCUUUUUACCAUCGCAGAAUGGCUCGAGUCAAGGGCAAGCCACAAGGCGAAUGCAGUAAUGUCGUCCUUGAUGAGCAUAGCCCCUCAGAAGGCAGUCAUAGCUGAAACUGGAGAAGAGGUGGACGCUGAUGAGGUGAAGUUGAACACUGUUCUCGCGGUUAAGGCCGGUGAAGUUAUUCCCAUUGACGGAAUUGUUGUUGAAGGCCAAUGUGAAGUUGAUGAAAAAGCUCUAACUGGAGAGUCAUUCCCUGUUUCCAAACAACAGGACUCUACCGUUUGGGCUGGUACCAUGAAUCUAAAUGGUUAUAUUAGCGUCAAAACCUCUGCUCUAGCUGAAGAAUGUGCGGUGGCCAAAAUGGCAAAGCUUGUAGAAGAGGCUCAGAAUAGUAAAUCCAGAACUCAGAGAAUCAUUGACAAAUGUGCCAAGUUUUAUACCCCAGCGGUUCUGAUCAUAUCAACAUGUUUUGCGGUUGUACCGAUUGCAUUAGAAGUAAAAGAUCGUAACCAUUGGUUUCAUUUAGCAUUGGUUGUUCUCGUAAGUGCCUGUCCAUGCGCACUUAUCCUGUCUACACCAGUUGCAACUUUCUGCGCGCUUACCAAGGCUGCAACCUCUGGUCUUCUAAUCAAAGGGGGUGACUAUCUUGAGACUCUUUCCAAAAUUAAGAUAGUGGCAUUUGACAAAACUGGCACAAUAACAAGAGGUGAAUUUGUGGUGACUGACUUUCAGUCUGUUCGUGAUGAUAUUAGCUUGAACACAUUGCUUUACUGGGUUUCGAGUAUUGAGAGCAAGUCCAGUCAUCCAAUGGCAAAUGCCCUCGUUGACCAUGCAAGGUCACUUGCGAUUCUGCCACUGCCUGAAAAUGUGGUUGAGUUUCAAAAUUUUCCCGGAGAAGGCAUCCAUGGAAAAAUUGAUGGGGAUGAUAUUUACAUUGGAAACAAAAACAUAGCUCUGAAAGCAGGGUCAUGUGGAACAGCAGCCCUAGAAGGUGGUAUGAACGAAGGAAAGACUAUUGGGUACGUAUACUCUGGCGCGACCCUAGCUGGAACUUUUUCCCUCUCCGAUGCUUGUCGAUCUGGGGUGUCGGAGACAAUAAGGGAGCUGAAUUUAUUGGGAAUUAAAACUGCUAUGCUUACAGGAGACAGGCUUGCAGCAGCCAUGCAUGUACAAGAACAGCUGGAUCAUCCUCUAGAAAUAGUUCAUGCAGAACUUCUACCUGAAGAUAAGGCAAGAAUAAUCAGAGAACUUAAAGAAGAAGGUCCAACAGCAAUGAUUGGAGAUGGAGUGAAUGACGCCCCUGCAUUGGCCACAGCUGAUAUCGGUAUCUCAAUGGGGAUUUCAGGAUCAGCUCUAGCAACUGAAACUGGGCAAGUGAUUCUUAUGUCGAACGACACUAGAAAGAUACCGGAAGCCAUUCAAUUGGCAAGACAAGCUCACAGGAAAGUCAUUGUGAACAUUUUUUUGUCAAUCGCAACGAAGUCCGCCAUCCUUGCUUUGGCCUUCGCUGGUCAUCCACUUGUUUGGGCUGCAGUUCUUGCCGAUGUUGGGACAUGUUUGCUAGUCAUCCUCAAUAGUAUGCUGCUUUUGCGAGGUACCCAGAAACUCAGAUCAGGGACAUCAAGCAAAUGUUACCGUGCACAGCAUACCCACAAACAUGGAGGCAAUGCCAGUAAUGACAACUCUUCUCAUCAUCAUGACCAUCAUCAACAAGAUACCAACAACCAUUGCUGCACUGACACCAAAGCUAAAAUGGUUUCUCAGGCUCAAAAUCUUCCUUCCAUGAUGUGUGCUGCGAAGUGUCAGUCUCGCCCUUUAAACUCAAAUUCAUGUGGAAAUAAGAAACGCAUGGAUUUAAACAGCCAAAAUAUUGAUGGAUGUCAAACCAGUGAUCAGGACUCUAUUCUCGAGGAAAAACACUGCGAUCAUGGAAGCAAUAAUACGGCCAUUCAUUGUUUGGAGUCUCAGAAAAUGCACAACGAAGGUAGUUCACGCCCUCACUACUUGGGAUCAUGUACAGAAGAUAAAUGCUCAAAUUCGAUGGGAAGGAAAGAUGAUUCUGUAGUAGAAGGUGAUUGGCUCCAUGAGACUAAACUGUGCAGCCACUUCAUCCCUUCAGAAGGAAGAUCACAAAAAGUGACAAAUCAUCAUGAUAACCAUUGCCACUCAAAAAAUUGUGGAAAGAACCAUAUUGUUGAGAACCAGACUGCCAAUGAAGAAGGAAAGAUGGUGGUGUCUAGUUAUAUUAACCAUGAUGAUCAGCACCAAAUUCCAGGGGACAUUCAUGAUCUAGAUCACUUGGAUAAGAGCGCUAAAGAUUACAAUGCACCACUUCACACCACCGUUGAGAUUGUGCUUGCAUGUAAUGACAAUACCGUGGAAUCGAAGACUGGGCAUGCUUUGGUGAAGAGAGAAAUGGGUGGCCGGUGUUGCAACCUGGGCCAUAGCAAGGAUUGCAUGGAAUUGGCUAUGCAGGCCUGCAUCAGUUUGGAGAAUAGAGAAAUUGGUGGGUGUUGCAAGAGUUACAUGAAGGAAUGUUGUCAUGGCAGGCAUGGACAUAUUGGCCGGACCGACUUUGGUGAUGGAUUAUCAGAAAUCAUCACUGAAUAAACCAUGCAACUUUGAAUUAGGCUAAUUAGAUUCGAUCAUAAAUAACGUACGUACGUACGUACAUUGUUACAUGUUUUUAUGAGGUUUUUAAUAUAUUGGAGUUUUGAUG